GAUUUACUUGAAAUUUAUUCGCGAUUGCUGUAGCUUGAUGGGUCUGGGCUCGUUUGUUUUUCGCUUAAACGUUUUAACUUUGGUGUGAAAUUUUUGAAAACUGUGGAAAAGGUACUUUAAGAGUAGUAUUCGAUAACAAUUAGUAUGUUGAUCAGUUGAUUAACAUAAGGAGUAGCAUUCAGAUAUCCGCAUAAAGUCGGUUUAACAAUGGAUCCAAAACAGAUAACUGCCUUGGCUAAGCUGCUGAAAGAAAGCGGGGAUAAGGUGCUGAACUACGAAUAUAAACUAUCUUUAUCAGCAUCCAUGUUGCGGGCGUUGAACGAUUCGUUUAGUUUGAUAGUGGACAAGAAUGAGAUACUUCCUCCUCAAAGUUUUCAAGUAGUGAAGCCGAACAAUGCCAAGUCAGACGUGUUUAGGGAUUUACAAUUUAUUUAUGACUUCGUACAGAAAACUAUAAUCUUGAGUCUAAAUCAGUACAUUAACGACGAUCCAUACGAAUAUGAAGUUGAUAUAAGCAAGUUUCGAAACUUGCGCAAACUAGAAAUUCAGAAACUUCCAAUCAGUCAAGUAACUGGUAUUCAGCAGGUGAGAUCACAGCUCAACGAAAUUAUCUGCAUACGAAGCAUAUCACACGUGAAAGAUUUUAUAGUUUCAUGUGGAGGAGACAAUAGUAAUGGUUUCACGUGGAACGAACUCAAGGUUGCCAAUUUUUCUUACAAUAUGUUGGACCACAUCGACAGCUCACUUGAAUUCACCCCUUGGCUGGAGCAUUUAAACUUGAGUCAUAAUCAGAUUGUAAGCGUUUCUGCAAUAAAAUGGCUUCCUAAUCUUCGAAUGCUUAAUUUGAGUUUUAACCGGCUAACGCAUAUUCCAACAUUUCACGUGGACACUGUUAAAAAACUUCAAAUGUUUUACAUUUCAAAUAACUUUAUCGAAGAUUUGGCUGGAAUUUCACGUUUGCUGAGUCUAACAGAACUCGAUGUUUCUGGUAAUUGUAUUGUGGACCACUCUGCACUUUUGCCAGUUAGUACAUUGUCUUUGUUGAGGUACCUCAACGUCAAGGAUAAUCCUUUGGCUUGCCACAGUAAACACAGACAAGCAACGGCUCGUUAUUUGAAUAAAAAUACCUCAAACGUAAAGUUUGUUUUGGACGAUGAGCUGUUGUCGAAAUUCGAAAAAACUCUUACUGGAAACUACGACAGCUAUAGUGCUAUUUUGGCACCAAAAAGUCCUGGCAGUGUUUCUUCAAGCGGAUUCAAUACUCCGAAAAGAAAGAGCGUUGUGAACACACCGACGGGAAGCGUUUCGUCCAAGAAAAGUUUUCAAUUUGACUCUAGAGAUGAUAUGAGCUCUUCGAUCACAAGCCAAAAGAGAAUAAAGGUUCGGCGCGCAAUAAUUUCCGAAGAUGAUGUAACGAAUGAAGAACCUAUAACUCCAAAAGCAGCAAAACCUGUUUUGAACCCAUCAGGAUCUAAUUUGGAAUCGAGUCGUGAUCAUCUAGAGACCAAAAAACAGCUCGAGAAUAUUCGCCAACAAUUUGGUAGUGAAUGGCUUCAGAGCCAAGCGGGAGAUAUGGUGAAAAAUGUGAUCGGUUUUGAUCCGCUAAAAGAUAAGGAAUUUGAAAGCGUCAUGCAUUAUGAAAGCGACAACCAGCGAAAUAAGAAAAAAUCUUCUCUCAGUUCUAUUGCUGCUCCAAUCGAAAUGGCCUCAAAUUCUAGAGCUAGCAACAAUGCUGAUGAAAUUGGCAAUAUGAUGAUGCUAACUUCGACGCCGGUCGAUCGAGAUCAAUCGACGCUGGUGGAGACAUUUGAAUCUCCCAUACGACCACCGCGUGAUCGGUGUGUUGAUUCAGAGGGGAAGGCAAACGAAUCCGAUUUUCGAAGCGUAAUGAAUGAGAGUGAUUCGCACUACCAAUCGAUAUUAAGUACGACUUUGGAAAAUACGAGAAGCUCGUUGGAUCUGACGAAUAUCUACUCUAAUAACGAUAAAAUUGAUUCAGAAUCGGAGGAAGAAGACAAUGAAAAAUGCUAUAUUGUUAAAAUCAAAGGUAAUCCAGUGGAACUCUGCUUGAUAAUAUCAGAUUUAAGCAUACGAGAAAAAGACAAUGGAAGAACCAAAACUCGUUGGGGCAUCAAAACGUUACAAGCAUGCGAGCGUCCAACGUCCAACACCAUAACGCUCUUAUUUGACACUAUCAAGAAGGAUAAAAAAGUGCGGACAUACGAAAUUGAAGAACAUAACUGCCAGGAACUGGAAAGCUACCUUCGAGACAUAUUGUCUAAACGACCACUCUCCGAGAUGAACCAAAAGCUGUACAAAUGUGUCGUCUGCAAUGCUAAAUUUUCUCGUGAAAUAAGCAACAAUAAGGCAGUUGAUGAUCUUCAAUGUCCGGAGUGCAAAGGAGGUUAUUGUAUCGAGAUAAAGGAAUCUCCUCCCAAGGAAAUUUUGGAUGAAGAAGCGAAACCGAGUGUUAGUGGUGUUGCUACUAAGAACGUUUUAGCUGGCGUUCCUGAAGAUUCGAAUCAACCUGUGCCGGGGACAUCGGGCUUAGCAACUUUUUUGCAAGACAGCGGAUCUAAACAAAGUAUAGUCUUGCUGGAUGGACGCGUGUCAUCAUUCAAAAACAAACUGAGAUCGACAAACUCCUUGAAUGAUUCCUCCUCAUGCUCUCGGAUUUCCCAACCCAGUAGCUGUGAUUCUAAUCGAAGCGUAGCCGGUAGCACCAAUUCCGAACGCGAUCGGGACAUGGAUCUACUAGGCAAUGAAAGUGAUAUAGAAAUUCUCAGCAAUCCUAGUCAGAGUAGCAUCGAAGUGUUGGAUCGGGGAUGUUACCCGAGCAGAAAACAUUCCGAAGAAAGAAAACUUCUUCUGAUGGACGACGAAGAAACGGUGAACGAUGAAAAUUUUAAUAUAUCCAACACAUUGAUCAAUCAGGAGACAUCCACUCAUGAUCUCAUGACCAAGGUAUCGGAUACUUUUAAUAAGAUAAUCAAAAUUGAAGAUGCUCCCACGCUAACGGAAUCAAGCCAUAAAGAAGUCAUGACAGGUUCUAAAGCUGGUCUGCAACACAAAAAGUCUUUUCUAUCGGCUGCGAAUCUUACUGAGAGCAGUUCAUCGGGAUCAGUUACGGACAGCGUAUGCACAGCUUAUGAAUCUAAUCAAGAUCAAAAGACUAAUGCGUCAGCCGGAGAAUCAAACGUUCAGAAGGUGCGACAAGAAACACAAGCGAAUAAAAAUAUCUCUAUUAGUUCUCCUGUAGCUAAAUCGGAAAACUCGGUAAUCGGCACUAUGCUCGGUGGUCUGUUUCAAUCUACCAAUAUGCUAAUGUCCAAGGCACCCAAACUCAACAAAACUGAUUCGUCUCUCAAGAUCGCCUUCGAACCGAUGCGGUAUUCGUACACCGAUUAUGCCAAUGUUGACCACAGGCUGAAAUUGUACUUGUAUCAGAAUCUGUUUGAAGACGCCAAUGAAUCACUCAAAUGGUUGGUUUCCUGUGUGGUUUUCGAUGAUAACCAAGUCGACGAAUGGCCAGCAGGUUUCGAUGGAUUUUUCAUUAUGUCUACCACCAAAUUUUACGUUAUGAAAAAAGUUGCUGCAGAGAACGACGAUCCUUCGACAUGGAUGAAAAAGUACCUAGCCGGUACAAUCGAUCGAGUUGGGAUCGCUCAAGUGCUUCCAUGGAAAAUAGGCAUGAAGUUCGUAAUAAGCGCAGUCGGUGGGAUUCACAUAAUUCUACAGGAUAUUUUGAGAACCGACAGUCUCAUUUUAUUCUUUGCGGAUAAUCCUCUCCCGGAAUAUUGUACAUUUGACUAUCAGCCAUCGGAGGUACUUACCGGUAAGCUUAGUAAAGCGACAAAAAGCGAAACUGUAAAGCUUAUGACGGUUAUAAACUUCUGUGAGGUUUUAUCAGACGAGGUAUUACAGAGUUUACAGCUGGCCACACUUUUGCUGACCGAUAAUAAUCUGUAUCUCGCGCCGGAUAUAAAGUGGCUCAACGAAAGCAGCAAACAUCAAAUAGAAUCGAAAUAUACCCAACUGAUGACGAAUCUUGUUGAGCUGGAGGACGUCAACAGUAUGUCCUGUCGCUUAAAUUUCAUGGACGAGCAAGAGGACAAGUACGAAACCUGGCGCAUUGAUUUUGCCACAGCUACCGCCAAAGAAAGCGCCGUCACCACUAUUUGUCAUUCGUGGGAAAAAAUCUUCGGAGUGCCUUUGAUUAGCAGUAAGAGUCAAAGUACCAGCAAUAAUAACAAUAGUAACUAGAGAUAAAAAAAAACUUGUCUUCCUGAUGCUAAUCGACAGGAACUAAAUUAAGCGACAGGACAAAACGAAAAUAUUUGAUAGAGUCGUCCCCCGUCCACCGUUGUGGUCUACAAAUGCGAGAACCUAGCUAGCAUGAUAGGUUUUGGAAUUAUUUCCUAGGAACCAUUAGUAAAUUUUGUGUUAGAUGUCCUUUCAUUUGUUUUUAAAGUGAUAUUAGACUAUUUGUAAUGAUUGUGUUUUACCAUUUUAGUGUUAGCGAUUGUGACGAGUGGUAUUUAUUAUUGAGCUUGUAACUGAAGCUAUAUUCUAUUUUAGAAGACAUUCAAGAAAUGUGAUCUAAUCGGCAUAUUGUAUUAUUAUUGUGUAAAAAAUAUAAAAAAAAAACAUUAAACGUA